AUGGGUGAACCAUCAUCAUCCCCUCCCAAUGUUCAAAUCCCUAUUGUUGGCAUGACUUUUAAUUCUGAAAAUGAACUUCGUGAGUAUUAUAAUGCUUACGCACAAUCAAAGGGUUUUGGCAUUUGUAAGUUAGGAGCAAGAAAUGGGCAAGAUGGAAAGCAAAAGUGGUUCUCCAUUGCUUGUGCUAAAAAUGGUGUAUUUACUUCAAAAGGGAAAAAUAUUUUACAACUUAGACCUUCCAUCAAGACGAAUUGUAAGGCUAAGAUUAACGUUGCUGUUAGGAAUGAGUGUGAAUUUGAGAUUACUAGUGUCUACCUUGAGCACAACCAUAUAUUGAGCCCGGGAAAGUCUAGACAUAUUAGAUCUCACAAAGUUCUAGAUUCAAUUGCGAAGAGAAGAUUGGAAGUAAACGACGUAGCUGGAAUACCUUUGUCAAAAACAUUUCAAUCUAUUGUGGUUGAAGCUGGAGGAUAUGAGAAUUUGAACUUUGAUGAGAGAAGUUGUAGAAAAUUUAUUUCGAAAGCUAGAAGGUUGAGGUUAGGAAAUGGUGAUGCCGAAGCUCUUUGUCAAUAUUUCAACCGAAUGCAAAGUAGAUGUUUAAAUUUUUAUUAUCUUUAUGAUCUAGACGAGGAAUCCCGAAUAAAGAAUGUAUUUUGGGCUGAUGGUAGAUGUAGGGCUGCUUAUGAGUAUUUUUCGGAUGUCAUAACUUUUGACACAACAUAUUUGACAAACCGCUAUGACAUGCCUUUUGCUCCCUUUGUCGGGGUUAAUCAUCAUGGACAAUCUAUUUUGCUCGGAUGUGGCUUACUAUCUAGUGAGGAUUCUGAGUCAUUUAUUUGGCUUUUCAAAGCCUGGUUGUCAUGUAUGCACGGACGUGCUCCAAAGGCAAUAAUCACUGACCAAUGUCGAUCAAUGGCCAUUGCUAUUGAAAAAGUAUUUCCAAACACCAAUCAUCGUUUUUGUCUUUGGCAUAUCAUGAAGAAACUCCCUACAAAGUUGGCUGCUCACGCUCAGUAUAAAAGUAUAAAAAAAGCAUUGAAGAACAUUGUCUAUAACUCAAUCACAAUUGAGCAGUGUGAAAGGAAUUGGAUGAAAAUGAUAGAGGAGUUUGAAUUGGAGGAUAAUGAUUGGUUGAACUCUUUGCACGUACAACGAUCUAAAUGGAUUCCUGUAUAUGUUAAAUGUCACUUCUGGGCAGGCAUGUCAACAUCGCAAAGAAGUGAAAGUAUGAAUGCAUUUUUUGAUGACUUUGUUCAUUCGAAAACAUCCUUAAAACAGUUUGUUGAACAAUAUGAUAGGGCACUGAAGAAAAAUAUAGAGAAGGAAAAGAAACUGGAUUUUCAGUCUUUUAAUUCCACCAUUCCAAUUGUUAGUGGUUAUUCUUUGGAAAGACAAUUUCAAAGUGUAUAUACUAACGACAUUUUUAAGUUGUUUCAGAAUGAAGUGACAGGAUUGAUGUUUUGUGACACAUCCAUAAUUGAAGACGAUGGGAGAACUACUAUAUUUGGAGUAGUGGAGUCAAUUUUGGGUACUAAUGGAGAACAUUUGAGGGAUGUUUCAUUCAAGGUACACUACACCCCUGUGGAGAGUUUUGUAAACUGUCAAUGUCUAAUGUUUGAGUAUAGAGGGAUUUUGUGUAGGCAUAUUUUGGCAGUUUUGAGAAGAAUGAAAGUGAAUCAGAUGCCGGUGAAUUAUAUGUUGGAUCGUUGGCGCAAAGAUUUGAAACGAGGUUAUCAAAGCAUCACUAACAUUUAUGAUUCAGAUGUGUGUGAUAGUCAAAGAAAUCGUUAUAACUAUCUAGCUCCAAUGAUUCAAGAGGUUCAACAACUUGCAUCAAUGUCUGAAGAUAAUACUUCUGUUUUGGCUGAAGUGUUGAAAGAAAUGAAAGAAAAAUUUAUGUUAGAUUCAACAUCAUCAACAAUUACCACACCGCCAACAACUACUACGCAAACAGAAAAAUUGAUUCAUUCUCCCGUGAGAGUAAGAGCUCGGGGUAGACCAACAACAAAACGAAAACAAUCUGUCAUUGAAAAGAUUACGAAAUCGGCUACAAGGGCUCGAAAAAAGGAUCAUGUCUCUACUCAAGAACAAUUGAAUGAUCAAGUAUCGACUCAAGAACAAUGGAAUGAUCCAGUCUCGACUCAACUUUCGUUCACAUCACUUUUGUCAUGUCAACUUUCCCAUGUUGCCGAUUAA